AUGGCGAGCUCCUCGUCGAAGCGACACAAGAGGAAGGCCUCGCCACCUCCAGUCGAUACAGACAAGCUCAUCGACGACCUCAUCAACCAGCAGCCAAAGCGACCUCGGUACUCCAAGUCUGCAAAACCGAGUCGCCCCAAGGUAUCCCUAAAUGCUGCACGACUUGAGACCAACAAGGGCUUGCGAGCGAAGGGGAAGGAGGUUGCCAAGGGCAAGGCUGGGUCAUCAGGGACGAAGGCGAAGGCCUCGUCGCCACCCCCUGCCCAAGUCUCCUUGUCAGCGAAUGCAAAACCCUACAGGGUCGGAAGGGUCGCUCUACUACCAUAUGGGCUUGAUGACAGUGGCGACAUUCAACAGGCGACCCACUCGAAGGACAUCUUCUUGACUCUCAUGGACUAUCGCCUCGCCACCUCCUUAACUCCCGAUGGCAGGUACAUUCUCAUCUCGCCUGGGAUGGAUCGGAACGACAUCGACGCCCUAUUGAAGCAACUCUUCCCUUUGUACUUCGAAUGGGCAGCUUCGGAGGGAUAUGACUCUGCAGGUUCCGAGUUCCUCUGGAGGGUUGUAGGGAAGCAGGGUCGGCAGCUUCGGGUCAUGUUUCGGGAUGAGAGCAUGCCAAUCGCCUUCCCAGCCCUGUGCAAUGCUGUCCAUUAUCGGACGACAGGCUGGACUGACCGAACUUGGUGUUUCGUGUCCACGAUGCACAUUCCAAAAGAUGUUUGGGAGUCGUGGGCUGGUAAAGGCAAGGGCAAGGGUGUUGACCUCGGCUACGACGAUUCCUCAGAUGAAUCUGUUCACCUGAAGGUUGAAGGCUCUGAAGAGGGCGAUGUCGCUGCCCAAGAUGAGGAGCUAGGUACCAAGUCGGAAGAUGAUGCUUCAGCUGAUGGAUCGCCAGCAUCUGGCAAUGAUACCGAUGUGUCGGAGUGGCAGCCUGAGCCCCUUGCUCAGAAGAAGAAGACCAGUCGAAAGCUUGCGAGGGCUGUCGACGCACUCGAUAGUAGCUUCUCCAGCUUCAGCCUGGUGGGCGAGGCGACAGCAACCUUGGCUAGUGGGUUGCAGCAAGGCAACGGCGAUGGUUCUGAUGCAGCAAUGAUCACCCAGGGUGGAGAUAUGGUCACAGUCAAGUUGAACACCGAGAUGCAGCUUCGCAUGACACGCUCAACUCGGUUCUGGAACCCUGAUGGUACAUUGUUCAUCGGUGUCGGGAGGAUACUGUAUCGGAUCUAUGCAGGCCAUCUGGCGAAUAACUCCCCUGUCUUCAACAAUUUGUUCCACGUGCCUGGGGCUGGUAUGGCGAGCCCUCGCCCAAUCGAAGGGACAGUGGAGACAUGCCCGCUGUACCUCUGGAACAUCGAGAAUCUAGCCUUUGAAGCCCUCGCUGACUAUCUCGGUUGUGCUACUCUCCCCGACGGAGAGUCACUGAGUCUGUUUAGACCAUCUGUACAGCAACUUAUUGGCCUUCUCAAGCUUGCGACUAUGUGGGAUAUGACUCGCGCGAGGAGUUACGCCAUCGACAAGCUCAAUUGCACCCCGCUUGUUGGCGAUCCAGAAUGGGGCCCGAUUGCGAAGAUCGCUUGUUGCCUUGCAUACGGGAUUGAUUCCUGGCUUGUCCCUGGUCUCCGCGCUGCUGUUCAGCUUUCACCGAUUGGGUGGGAUACAGCUCACUUCGCUUACUUCAAGUCGGCUCUCGAUGCGAACGAGGUCAAUGUGCUAUGUCGCCGCAUCGAUCGCCACCGGAAGGCCCUCGCAUGGAACCCUCCGACAUACACUGCAGGGCUGAGCUGUCCUGCACAAGCACAGUGUAAUGCGAAGUGGGCAGCUACCUGGCAUCAAGCUCUUGCUGGCAAGCUACUUCAUCCAGAUGACCCGAUGUCCGACCAUGAGCUUCUCGAGUUCAUCGACAACGCACCGACACGCGAGACAGGCCUUUGCUAUGUGUGCCACAUUCGCACGUUGCUCAUGAUGAAGGCGAAUCCUGAAUGGUCUCGAGAAGAGGAGAUCAUCCAGAGUACUGCAGAGCGCAUCAAGCGCAACCAUGUCUUCUACACCUCAUAG